AAACAAAAUGGCGUUAGUGAAGCCGAUAUCUAUAGAGAAAGAGUACGAGAAGAACCCGGACAUAACCCCGGACGACGUGAGGAAACUUCGGGAAUGGCUGAAAACACAACCGCAUCUACCGGGAGAACAUAUAUCAGAUGUGGAUUUACUGAUAGUGUUCCACUGCUGCGAGAAGAGCAUAGAGGUGACCAAGCAGGUCCUGGACCUGCACUUCACGCUGAGGACACUCUUCGUGCCAUUCUUCAAGGACCGAAUACUGGAUAAGAAAAUGGAUGCAGUUCUAAACACUAUAUUAUUCGCUCCUCUGCCGACACCAACAGCGGAGGGCCACCGAGUGGUGUACGUCCGGCUCCUGGAUCCAGACCCUCGGAGCUUCAACCUCGUGGAGGGCGUCAAGUUGUUCAUGAUGAUGUUCGACCUGUGCCAGUAUGAGGAAGGGACCUGGCCAGGUUUCGUCUUGAUUAUCGACAUGGAUCAAACAUGCCUCAGCCACGUCACGAGGCUCGAAGUUAUGUCGCUGAAGAAGGUCCUCUACUUUCUACAAGAAUGUAUGUUCACGAAGCUAAAAGGCGUGCACUUCAUGAACGCGCCGUACUUCAUGGAUAAACUGAUGAUGGUUCUGAAGCCAUUCUUGAAGAAGGAGCUGGUGCACGUGGUCAACAUUCACCCAGCAGGCACCGACAGCAUCUACUCGCUCAUACCAAAGGAGGCCUUCCCGAAGGAGGACGGAGGGAACUAUAAGGACAGAAAAACUAUUAACGAUGAGCUCUACCAGCGGCUGCAAGCGAACUCGGAGUUCUUCCGCGCAGAGGCCAAGCGCCGUGUGAACGAGUCGCUCCGGUCGGCAGGCAAGCCUUCCCCGGCAGAGAAGGAGUUCGGACUACAAGGCAGCUUCAAGAAAUUAGAUCUAGAUUAAUUGGGAAUGGUUGUGAUAGAAUUAAAUAUAUUGUAAAAUAAA